CCCGAGCCGUGACCUCCCCCUAUGCCCCCACCGGGGCCGCCCUGCCCCUGAGCCCCGGAGCAGCAGCCCUUUUCCUGGAGGUGGUGGCGCAGGUGUGGGACCGGAAAGAUGUUCUCAGCCCUGAAGAAGCUGGUGGGCUCGGACCAGACUCCGGUCAGAGACAAGAAUAUCCCCGCGGGGCUGCAGUCCAUGAACCAGGCUCUGCAGAGGAGGUUUGCCAAGGGAGUCCAGUAUAACAUGAAAAUUGUCAUCCGAGGGGACAGGAACACUGGGAAAACCACACUCUGGCACCGACUGCAGGGAAAGAAAUUUAUUGAGGAAUAUAUUCCAACUCAGGAGAUCCAAGUCACCAGCAUCCACUGGAAUUAUAAAACCACUGACGAUAUUGUUAAAGUUGAAGUCUGGGAUGUAGUUGACAAAGGAAAAUGCAAAAAGCGAGGAGAUGGUUUGAAACUGGAAAAUGACCCUCAGGAGGCAGAGUCAGAAAUGGCUCUGGAUGCACAGUUCCUAGAUGUCUAUAAAAACUGCAAUGGUGUAGUGAUGAUGUUUGACAUCACCAAACAGUGGACAUUUAACUAUAUUCUGAGGGAGCUUCCUAAAGUGCCGACCCACGUUCCAGUGUGCGUGCUUGGGAAUUACCGAGACAUGGGGGAGCACCGGGUCAUUCUGCCUGGCGAUGUGCGGGACCUCAUCGACAAUCUAAACAGGCCUCCCGGCUCCUCAUAUUUUCGCUAUGCUGAGUCUUCAAUGAAGAACAGCUUUGGCCUCAAGUACCUGCACAAGUUCUUCAACAUCCCAUUCUUGCAGCUGCAG